AUGAAGCAGGGGCAUCAAACAGAAACAGAUGGUAAUUCUGAUAUGUUUGUCGAACCUUUAGAUUCAGAUUUCAUCAAUAGACCUCAUAGCACCAUAGACAGCAACGAUGAUAAUACUACUACAUUACAUACGGUGAGAAACAGUAAUAGUAGGACCACCAGUAACCCUAACGUUAGUGACAGCAAUAACGGUAGUAAGAAAACUAGAAAAUUUGCAUGUGUCGAAUGCAGACAACAGAAAUCUAAAUGUGAUGCUCAUGAUAGAGCUCCUUUGCCAUGUACUAAAUGUGCUAAGAAAAAGGUACCUUGUGUCCUCAAGAAAGAUUUUAGGAGGACCUAUAAAAGAGCUAAAAACGAAGCCAUUGAGAAAAGAUUUAAAGAACUGGCAAACAGUUUAACAAAUAUGUCAUCAGAAGAAAUCUUGAAAAGAAUCGAAAAAGAACAAAUGGCUCUAUUAGAUAAUAGCAAUUUCACAAAAGAAAAGGUUCAUCACAAGAAAGGUAAAAGCGGUAUUCCAUCUACAACUACUACAUCUUUCAGAUCACAGUCACCUGAUACCACUGGAAGAUUAAGUAAUAAUGGAAUACAUAUGAGUACAACUUUAUCACCACUCUCGAAUGUCUCUUACUCGAGUUCUGAUAACAAUAAUAAAUUUCAAAGCAACAAUAGCAAUGAUCUGAGUAACACGAAAAGUGGGUAUAUUUCAUGCAAGAAUUUUACUAAAGGCAUGACCAUACAACAAUUACAAUGUACCCCAAAGUCUCUGGGUGAUAUAUACAUGUCAUCCGAAGAUAUUUCACAGCUAUUCCAAGAGUUUGCAACAAAAUAUCAUCAAUUCUUACCGGUAGUUAAUUUGGAUAAAGGUCCAGAAAGGAUAUAUUCUUUGUCUCCUUGUCUGUUUUGGGUCAUUAUUUUAAUCGGUUUAAGACGUAAACAAUAUUCUAAUGAUCUUGGUAAGAGAUUAACGGUAUUAGUGAAAGCAACUUUAGCCGAAAUUACAAUAUCACCAAUUAUUAGAUAUACACCUUCGGAAACAGAUGAACCAAUACUUAAUGUGGCAUCUGUUUACUCAGUACAAGCCUUUUUAUUAUACACUUUUUGGCCCCCAUUAACUUCUUCGUUAAGUGCAGAUACUUCAUGGAAUACAAUCGGUACCGCAUUAUUCCAAGCUAUUAGAGUAGGCUUAAAUACAGCAGACUUCUCAAAGGAGUUUGCUACUGAAAAUUCAGAAUUAAUACAAGAACAAAAACGUACUUGGAUUUGCUGUAAUAUUGUCUCUCAAUUUAUUGCAUCAUCAUUCGGUUUUCCAGCCUAUGUGACUUUUGAUCAUUUGGUGAUUAGUUCGUUUAAACAAAACCAAUACCAAAAUGUUAACCCAACCCAUUUACACAACAAUUCACCACCGCCAACUGCAUCAGCAUUCGAUCAGUCGGACGAAUUGAAACAAAUGACACAAAUUGCAUAUUUUGAACAUCAGAUGGUAAAUACGAUGAAUUCAAAUCCAUCAAACAAAUUAGGUAUGGUUGAUAAUAUGGAAAAGUUACCUUUAUUAAAUGUCUUAAACCAACGAUUAUCAGAAUUGGCUAUUAAUUUAGAAGAAAAAAAUUAUAUGGAUAACGUUAGGAAAUUCCUGUUAUUAGUAACAAAAGUUCAUUUGUUAACGUACCAUUUUAUUGACUCUGAUUCGAAUGUGGGAUCACGUAGUGUAAGUUUUGAAACUAAAUGCGGUUUAGUGAAAUUAUAUAAUGCUGCUAUUAACCUGUUGACCCAUACUCAUGAAAUGUAUGAAUCAGACCCCACAUUGGUAAAAUAUUUCCCUGGUGUAUUUAUACUUAAUAUUUGGCAAUCAGCCUGUAUUAUUGGUAAAUUAGUUAAUUCUUCCCUAUCCGAAAGUAUCGAUAUUGAAAGAGGUAAAGUUGCAUACCAGAAUGCCAUCAUGUUAACUUAUAAAGCUUCUGUAUUAAAACAUGAUAUGUCUUAUAGAUCAUCUGGUAUCAUGAGAAGUAUAUGGAGUCUUUUCAGUAACAUGUAUCAAGAGUGGAAAAAUGAUCAAUCAGAAAGCAGACCUUCGGAAUUCAAUCUUGAUAUUACAGUAAAAUCAAGAAUGAGUGUAAGUGUCUUUUUCGAUUGCUUGUAUAUUUUGAAAGAAAAAUGUGGGAUGGCAAAGUUAGCCAGAGAAAAAAAUCAACUUGAGAAUGAAAUUACUGAAGGUAAUGCUGAAUCUAAUGGAUCUGCAGAGGAUGAUGAGGAUGAAGAUGCAGAAAAUGGUACUGAAAACGAUGGAGUUAAGAACAUCGCACAUCCUGAAAGACGUGCAAGAAGAAUUAUCGAAACAAUUCCAUUAGAUCCAAAUCCUAUCAAUGCAACCACGAUCAAAUCCAACAGAGAUGAUCUGUCUUCGACAGCAACAUCGCCGGUACUUUCUGCAGGACAGAAGAGCGGGCAUGGUAUCCAAUCAUUUUUGGGACGUUCAUCCACACCUUCAUUGUCAGGUACACCUGGGAGAUCUUUAGGUGAUUUCUCUGCUUCUAAUUUUAUUAAUGGAAGCAAUGUUAAUCUCACUCCAAAUGUUGGUGUCGCCGGUAUCCCAGGAUCAAUAUCAACACAACGACAACAAUCAACUAAUGAGGAUAGGGAUAAUCUAGAUCCUACAAACAUAUUACAGAAUACUUUAACAGACUCGAAUAUCAAACUUUCUUAUGGAAAUAAUGAAGAUACAAGCAAGAACAUUGUCGAUACAACUGUAGGUAUAAAUACUGGACAUGCUACAGAUACUAGCAGUAAUAGUAAUAAAGAGUCACCAAACUCUAUAAUGGCUAACUGGGACAACUGGCAGUCGGACAUGGUUUGGAAGGAUGUUGAUAUCUUAAUGAAUGAAUUUGCUUUCAAUCCAACCUAG